AUGAUAAUACAACAGACUUGGGAUUUUUUAACCAAGAGUGAUACAAUUCAUCAAUAUAUUGACUGUUGUUUGGAUACAAAAAAAAGCAAUGCUUCAAAUUUUCUCGAACAUCGAAUUUUUACAAUUGAUCCACAAAAUGAUCCUGCAAAUACAGUUUUUCCAAGGAAUCGAAUUAAAACAAAUAAGUACACAUUGUGGAAUUUUAUACCAAAAAAUUUGUACGAACAAUUUCGAAGAAUAGCAAAUUUUUAUUUUCUCAUAUCAGCAUUAAUAGCAUUGUCAAUUGAUUCACCAGUGUCACCAUUAACAACAUUUUUACCUUUGAUAUUUGUCAUACUUGUAACAGCUGGUAAACAAGCAUACGAAGAUUUUUUGAGGCAUUGUUUGGACAACAAAGUUAAUCGUAUGAAUGUCACUGUUAUUAGAAAUAAAUGUACACGAACGAUAUACUGUGAAGAAAUUGUCGUGGGUGACUUGGUAAAAGUCUCGAGAGAUGAGGAUAUUCCUUGUGAUAUAAUUAUUCUACACACCAGUGAAAUAAAUGGCUGUUGUUAUGUAACAACAACAAAUUUAGAUGGUGAAACAAAUUUAAAGACUCUACAAGUACCAAAAGUCACAAUGGGAAAAAUUAGCAAAGAAAUUGUUGGCAUGAAAGCUACAGUAACUUGUCAACAUCCUCGUGCAAAUUUAUAUGAAUUUUAUGGAAAAAUUGAGGUACAAUAUACUGAUGAUUUUUCAACUGGUUCAUUAUCAAUUGAUAAUAUUAUUUUACGUGGUUCUCGUUUAAAAGAUACUGAAUUUAUAAUUGGUACAGCUGUUUAUACUGGGAGAGAUACUAAAUUAUCACUAAACUCAAAAUUUAAUCCAAAUAAAUUUUCAACAGCUGAAAAAUCAAUAAAUAAAAGUAUAAUUUUUUUUAUAUUUGUACUUAUUAUGGAAAUUUUUAUAUCAACUAUAAUUAAACAAUUAAUUUAUUUAAUUAACAAGCCAUCUUGGUAUCUCGGUAUUAAUGGCUCACCGACAUUUUUUAAAAUACUAAAAGAUAUAUUAAAUUUUACUGUUCUUUAUAAUUACAUUGUUCCAAUUUCUCUCUACGUUACUGUUGAACUUCAAAGAUUUAUGGGAUCAUUUUUUUUUCGUUGGGACUUGGACAUGUACGAUGAGACAAAUGAUUUAUCAGCUCUUGUAAAUACAUCAGAUUUGAAUGAAGAACUUGGUCAAAUUGAAUAUCUUUUUACUGAUAAAACUGGAACAUUGACUGAAAAUUUAAUGAUUUUUCGAAGAUGUUCAAUUGAUGGUAAAAUUUAUAUGGAAAAAAAUUGCAAUGGUAAACUUUAUUUACUUCCAGAUGAUGGAAAUGAAAAAAAUUCUGAAAAACUUACAAAUUGGCCGUCUGAAUUGUGGCAUUUUUUAAUGGCAAUAUCACUUUGUCAUUCUGUGCACGUUGCACCACCAAUUCUUAUGGAUAGUAUUGCUUUGAAACGUGCUGCAUUUCGUGCCAGUUUUCGACAGCGUUCUAUUACCAGAGUCAAUAGUUCUCUACUCAUGCAUCCAGACCUUCCAGAAUAUCAAGCAGCAUCAGCAGAUGAAAAAGCUCUUGUUGAAGCCACAGCAAGAUGUGGUGUUAUUUUAACAAAUAAUUCUGGUGAAAAUAUUGAAAUACAAGUUGGUGAAGAAAUUAUUUCAUUUACCAGAUUAGAAAUGCUUGAAUUUACUUCAGAGAGAAAAAGAAUGUCUGUGAUACUUCAAGAUGAUGCAGGAGAUGUAUGGCUGUACACAAAAGGUGCUGACUCAGUAAUGUUACCUCUGAUAGCUGAUGGUAAACUUGAAGAAUCUAAAGCACAUUUAGCUGAUUUUUCAAAAAGAGGACUUAGAACACUUGUUGUUGCUUUUAAAAAAUUAAAAAUUCAAGAUUAUAAUACGUUUAGUCGUUCUAUUGAACAUGUUAGACAAAUUGUUGGACCUAAUCGUUCAAUUAAUGUUUCAAAAGUUUAUAAUACUAUUGAAAAUAAAUUACAUCUACUUGGAAUAACAGCUGUUGAAGAUCGUUUACAAGAAAAUGUUGAAGAGACCCUAGAGUCACUUCGACAAGCUGGAAUCAAGACUUGGAUUUUAACCGGAGAUAAAGCUGAAACUGCAGAAAAUAUAUCAUUUUCUUGUGGUCAUUUUAAAAAUGGUACUGAAAUUCUUCGACUCAUGAAUAUCACCACUCUUCAAAUUUGCUACAUAACUUUAACAAGUUUCGAACGAAAAUUAAAAUUGGAAUCUUACAAACAAUAUGGCUUGAUGAUUGAUGGUACAAGUAUGACAAUUGCAUAUAAAAAUUGUCCUGAAUUACUUAGAAUUGUUGCAAUGACAUGUGAAUCAGUGGUUGGUUGUAGAAUGUCUCCUCUUCAAAAAUCUGAGCUUGUCCAAUUAAUCAAGUCAUCAGAAAAUAAACCAUUAACAGCAGCAAUUGGUGAUGGUGGUAAUGAUGUAUCAAUGAUUCAAGAGGCUCAUGUUGGUAUUGGAAUAAUGGGAAGAGAAGGAAGACAAGCAACAAUGAGUGCUGAUUUUGCUCUUGCUAAAUUUAUGCAUCUUGAAAAAGCAAUACUUGUUCAUGGACAUUGGUAUUACAUUAGAAUAACAACUUUAACACAUUAUUUUUUUUAUAAAAAUAUUGUUUUUAUUACACCACAAUUUUUAUUUGGUUUAAAUAGUAUUUUUUCUACCCAGGCUCUUUAUACAAGUGUUUUUUUAAUGGGAUUUAAUGUUUUAUUCACGUCAUUGCCUGUUCUAAUGUUUGGCCUACUUGAGCAGGAUUACAAAUCAAAUGAACUUCUUAGAUAUCCAAAACUUUAUCAGCUAAAUAAACGUAAUUAUUUGAUGUCAACUUUUCACAGAAUUUCAUGGCUUUUUACAGCAAUAUGGCACACUUUUGUCAUUUACUUUGGUACAUAUACUUUUUGGCUGAUGAAUCCAGUUAAUUUAAACGAUGGUAAUGCUGCUGGUUAUUAUUGUUACAACACCUGCAUCUUUCAUCUUAUUGUCAUUGUUACAAAUAUGGAGCUACUUGUUCGCAGUUCAUUCUGGACAAUUCCAUUUUUGGCUAGUAUAUUUUUAUCAAUAUUGAGUUUUUUUAUCGUCGCAAUUUUCUAUUCUUCUAUUGACUUUCAACAUGUAAAACACCAUGAUAUGUAUUGGGUUGCCAACAAGUUAUUUUCUUCAGUAUCAUUUUGGCUAUUGACAAUUGUCAUUGUAUUUUUAUGUCUAAUUCCCGAUAUUAUGAUCAUCAUCUACAAUAGAUCUAGACCUGUGAAAUUAAAUUAUCUAGAUCAAAAAGAUAUAUUAAUUAAAGACACAUACAGUGAAUGGAGUGUUCCAUCAACCCAGUCGAAAUUUUGUCGUCUAACACCUUGGCGUAAUCAUUUCUGUUGGCGAAAAUCAAGGUAGAAAAUUGAAAAGCCAUUAACAAAGUAUAUUACUU